CAUAAUAAACCAGCGCACACGGGAGCUGAAACGAGUGAUCUCAUAAAAGGCAGUGAAAAUAAUCACACAAUAUCUUUGUAAAAUAUUGAUAGCUGGUGCGCAGUUGCAGCGUUGUGAUUUCGGAGGGUACUGCGGGGUUAUUCAAGAGGGCCAGGGGGGGAAUCUGGCUAGACCCAGAGGCUUAGCCAUGGCUUCGGCUUCGGCUUUGGCUUUGGCUUCGGCUUCAGCUUCGGCUUCCACACAUGUAGAUUCCAAAGCAGAACUUUCCUCAUUGCUGGAGCAGUGGGAAAGGGAACAGCAUGGCAGUGGGCAGGAGAUGGUCCCCAUUCUCACCAAGAUCUCAGAUCUGAUUGAGAGGGAGACAGAAGAGUAUCAUAAAGCUGAUCCUGACCCCUUUGAUGACAGGCAUCCAGGACGUGCUGAUCCAGAGGGCAUGCUGGGACAGCUUCUUAAAAUUCUUUUUAAGAAUGAUGACUUCAUGAAUGCGCUGGUAAAUUCGUAUGUGAUGACAAGCAGAGAGCCAUCUUUAAACACAGCUGCCUGUCGUCUUCUGCAGAAUAUCAUGCCAGGGUUGGAAACGGCUGUUGUCUUUCAGGAGAAGGAGGGGAUUGUUGAAAAGCUGUUUAAAUGGGCGCGAGAAGCAGAACAACCACUGAGGACCUAUGCCACCGGGCUUCUGGCUGGGGCCAUGGAGAACCAGGAUAUUGCUGCAAACUACAGAGAGGAGAACUCUCAUCUGGUUCCACUAAUGCUACAGCGUUUACGAGAACUGCAGGAAAAGGAGUUUAAGCGCCGAAGUCCACAGAAGAUGUUCACUGUCGAUGAAGAGGCCGUGGAUGCUAACUUUGGUGACGUGUCUUUGGACAACAUAGAGGAGAAAGAGGCAUUGGAAGAAAGUGAACUCCCAUUUCAGCUGAACUCGACUCACAAGACUAGCAGCAGGGUGAACUCUGCCACUAAACCUCCUUGUGAUGGAGAAGAUGGCAAGCAUGGAAGAUCUGGGAAGAAUUCAAAGAAAGCAAAACAGAAACUGAACUUUUCCAUUCCGGAACCAGACCGGGUAUUCACUGAGCUGUCAAACAGCAGUUGGUCUGAGAUGUCCCCCUGGGUGAUUGGGACCAACUACCACCUUUAUCCUUUAACCCCAGCCAUAGAGCAAAAGUUGAUUCUGCAGUACCUAACUCCUCUCGGGGAGUACCAAGAGCUUUUGGCUGUGUUUAUGCAGCUUGGUGCCCGGGAGCUACUGAUGUAUUACAUUGACCUGAAACAGACCAAUGAUGUCCAGCUUACCUUUGAAGCUCUGAAGUAUCUGGCCUCCUUGCUCCUCCACAAAAAGUUUGCUGCCGAGUUUGUGGGACAUGGUGGUGUUCAGAAGUUGCUUGAAAUACCUCGCCCAUCCAUGGCAGCUACUGGCGUGUCUUUGUGUCUAUAUUACCUAGCAUAUAAUCAGGAUGCAAUGGAGAGGGUGUGCAUGCUCCCUCACAGUAUCCUGGCAGAUGUGGUCGGGUACACCCUGUGGUUGCUGGAGUGCUCUCACGCAUCAGGGGGCUGCCAUGCCACCAUGUUCUUCUCCAUCUCCUUUGCUUUCCGUGCCGUCCUGGAGCUCUUUGACAAACAAGACGGUCUGCGGCGCCUUGUCAACUUGAUUAGUACCCUAGAGAUCCUGAACCUGGAAGAUCAGGGAGCCUUGCUGAGUGACGAUGAGAUCUUUGCUAGCCGGCAGACGGCCAAGCACACCUGCAUGGCACUACGCAGAUAUUUUGAGGCACAUCUGGCGAUCAAAUUGGAACAGGUGAAGCAGUCUCUGCAGCGGACAGAAGGAGGCGCUCCCGUUCACCCUCAGCCUCAGUAUAAGGCAUGCUCAUAUACACGAGAACAGGUUGUGGAGAUGAUGGAGUUUCUAAUAGAGUAUGGUCCAGCUCGGCUCUACUGGGAAGCAGCUGAAGACUUCCACAGGCUCUCUUGUAUCCACCUCAUGCUGCAGCUAAUCUCCAUAGCUUGUGAUUGGAGGACCUACUAUGGAAGGAGUGAUACAGUACGGUAUGCGCUGGAUGUGCUCGCCAUUCUCACUGUGGUCCCGAAAACUCAGCUGCUGCUAGCCGAGCCUGUGGAUGUGCUUGAUGAGAGCGGCUCAACGGUUUCCACUGUGGGAAUGAGUAUAAUCCUUGGCGUUGCUGAGGGUGAGGUGUUUGUGAACGAUGCAGAAAUCCAGAAGUCUGCUCUCCAGGUGGUGAUCAACUGUGUAUGCGCGCCCGAUAAGCGAAUCUCCAGCAUUGGCAAGUUCAUCUCUGGGACGCCUCGGCGCAAGCUGCCCCAGAACCCCAAGAGCACAGAGAAUGUGCUGACCAAAAUGUGGAACGUGGUGCAGUCCAACAACGGCAUCAAGGUGCUGUUGUCCCUGCUUACUGUCAAGAUGCCCAUUACAGAUGCUGACCAGAUCAGGGCGCUGGCCUGCAAGGCUCUGAUGGGACUUUCUCGCAGCAGCACAGUAAAACAGAUCAUCAGCAAGCUGCCUCUUUUCAGCAGCGGACAGCUCCAGCAGUUGAUGAAGGAGCCAGUUCUGCAGGACAAACGAAACGAACAUGUCAAGUUCUGCAAAUAUGCUGCAGAUUUGAUUGAGAGGAUCUCUGGGAAGCCACUGCUUAUUGGAGCAGAUGUCUCUUUGGCCAGGCUGCAGAAGGCAGAUGUAGUGGCGCAGUCACGUAUAUCCUUUCCUGAAAAGGAACUACUGCUGCUCGUCAGGAACCACCUGGUUUCCAAGGGGCUUCAUGAUACCGCCGCGGUCCUUACUAAAGAGGCUGAACUGCCCAUGGCCAUACUGUCUCACUCUUCGACUUUCAACGCUGUAGCCACAUCUGCAUCUCCCGUAGCGCUUCCUCGAACACCUCGUCUGGCUAACGGGGUGUCUCCAAGGCUGGUCACCCUCUCUUCCUUAUCCACUACCCCGUCCACCAGCCAUGCCCAGGCCAGGCCUUCUACCUCUCAAACGCAGUCGUCUGCUGUGGUUCCCCAUGCCAAUGGCUCUCCUUUGAUCGGAAGAAUCAGUUUCACUCGGGAACGUCCGUCACCCUGCAACGGCAGGAAGCUGAGGAUCCUGCGGCAGAAGUCGGACCACGGCGCCUACAGCCAGAGCCCAGCGAUGAAAAAGCAGUUGGAUAGGCACCUGCCCUCUCCACCCUCCCUGGACAGUAUCAUUACAGAGUACCUUCGGGAGCAGCAUGCCCGCUGCAAAAAUCCUGUCACCACCUGCCCCCCCUUCUCCCUCUUCACUCCACACCAAUGCCCUGAGCCCAAACAGAGACGCCAAGCCCCGACCAACUUCACCUCCCGCCUCACACGGAGGGUAGUCUAUCCCAAAUAUGGGGGGGUGGACGGUGGUUGCUUUGAUAGACAUCUUAUUUACAGCAGAUUUCGUCCCAUCUCGGUGUUCCGGGAGGCAGACGAGGAUGAGAGCGGCUUCAUGUGCUGUGCGUUCUCUGCUCGGGAACGCUUCCUGAUGCUCGGGACCUGCACAGGACAGCUGAAGCUCUACAAUGUGUUUAACGGGCAAGAAGAGGCCAGUUACAAUUGCCACAAUUCUGCCAUCACUCACCUUGAACCAUCAAGGGAUGGCUCGUUGUUGUUGACGUCGACCACAUGGAGUUACCCCCUCUCAGCUCUCUGGGGGAUGAAAUCAGUCUUUGACUUAAAACAUUCAUUUUUAGAUGAUCAUUAUGUUGAGUUCAGUAAACUUUCUCAGGACAGAGUCAUUGGUACAAAGGAAGAUAUUGCUCAUAUCUACGAUGUUCAGACUGGUCAGAAUAUCCUUGCACUGAACAAUCCUGACCUCUCGAAUAACUACAAAAGGAACUGUGCCACUUUCAACCCCACUGAUGACCUGGUAUUGAAUGAUGGGGUGAUGUGGGACGUGCGUUCUGCGCAGGCGAUCCACAAGUUUGAUAAAUUCAACAUGAACAUCAGUGGAGUUUUCCACCCGAAUGGGCUGGAAGUCAUCGUCAAUACUGAAAUUUGGGACCUAAGAACUUUCCAUCUCCUCCACACUGUUCCCGCACUGGACCAAUGCAGAAUAGUCUUCAAUAACAACGGAACUGUAAUCUACGGAGCUAUGCUGCAAGCAGAUGAUGAGGAUGACAUGGUUGAAGAACGAAUGAAAAGUCCCUUUGGGUCCUCCUUUAGGACUUUUGACGCUACAGAUUACAAGCCUAUAGCUACCAUUGAUGUGAAAAGAAAUAUUUUUGACCUUUGCACUGACACCAAAGAUUGCUACAUGGCUGUCAUUGAGAACCAGGACGCCCUCAACAUGGACACUGUCUGCCGUCUGUAUGAGGUGGGGAGGCAGCGGCUGGCAGAGGAGGAAGAGGAUGAGGAAGACCAGGAUGAGGAACCGGAGGAUGACGACGACGAUGACGACGACGAUGACGAUGACGACGAUGACUCUGAUGAUGACCUGGAUGAUCUGGACACAGACCCCCUGCUGGAGGCAGAGCUGGGCGAGAACAACGAAAACGGGGGGGAUGAUGACGAUGACGGGGACCACGACUUCUCUCCCUCCGACGAUGAGGAGGUGGCACGCCUGCUGGAGGCGGAAUUGGAGGGCGAGGACGAUGAAGAUACCGAUGAUGAUUCGGACAAUGCUGAUGAAGACGUGGAGCUUAUUCUGCAGACCUCUGACAGCUCAGAUAACUCUGAUAACUCUGAUUUGGAAGAUGAUGUUAUCUUGUCUCUAAAUGAGUGAGGAGAUCGAGAACCGCCACUAAGCGAUGUCAAGAACACACUCCUUGGAAAUGUCUAGGCAAAAGAUUUCAGAAUAAAAAUGGAAAGUAGCGGAAAAUCAGGCACCUGAGAUUUCAGAGCUAGCAGAAUGAGCAUUUCAACACGGCCUCCAGGGGGCUCCCAGACCAAAGGACCCAUUUGGAGGUGAAAAACAGGGUAAGGCCACAGGAGGUUGAAGGGUGGAAAUAUAAGCCAGACUGCAAGAUAUUUGUAUGAUAGCAUUUCUUAAGAGUAAGAAAUAGUUUUAUAUAAAAUGAUAUGUGGUGUGGUGCUUGAAAAGCCCCUGGAAACAUUUACCAGUAUUUUGACCAUUUGUGGAACACUUUUUAUUGUACACGAACUAUUUUACAAAAUGUACUGCUGCAAGGCCAGGCCUCCCUUUUCAUAAUUAUUGGUGGAUAGUGUUACUUUUUUUUAGGUUUUCUUUUAGGGUUUCAGUGAUCAUCUCAUAGAGAAGUGUGGCUUGAAUAGAGCGAGCUUCCUUGACCAGUGCCUACCUUAUGGCCUCUAACUAGGCAUAUACAGUUGAAGGCUGUACUUGCUGAUCCCAAUUUAUUCCUACCCAUUUAAUUCAUGGCUGAACCACAACAAAAAUUACAGGGAGUUUGCAAUUGUAUGUGAAGCAAAUAGACAAGACUGGUCUUUUUUUUUUUUUUUUUUCAAAUAGAUUUUUGUGGUUCAAACUAACUCUGGCAGAGAACUGAACUGAAAACUGACUUUCAGUGUUACAGCUACAGCAACCUAUAAAGAAUAGUUGGAAUAAAAUAGAUUUGAAUGCUUGACCAGGUUUUAAGAGGGUUGUAGUUCUGUGGUUGUAAAAUUAGCAUAAAAGAGAUGAUCAAAGAAAAGCAUGCCCUCUUGAUUUGUUUUGAAUGCCACCAAAUCACUUCUAAUCAUUUUCAUUUCUGAACCAAACCAACAGACAGAAGUUUAAAAAUGACUGUUGUUUUUGGUGUGAAGGCACAGCCAUAACAAAGAAUGAAAAACUGUCAAUUCAUGAUACAUUUUGAUGCUGAAAUAUAAAAAGUCAAGUUGACUGAGUGCUAGAUGUUUAUUGCCAUCUCUUACUAAAUUCUAUGAGGGAGUUAUUGGGUAACUUCAUCUAACUUUUACAAUUUAGUGAUGAUAGUUCAGACUUUACAAACUUUACAGUUUCUCCUGUAUAUGGUUUGGAAGUUCUUUACAUUUUACACUGGUAUAGCUCACAGUUAUAAUUCCAGAAUUGCAAACACAUGUCCACAAAGAAUAAAAAUUGCAAGAAUAACUCCUGUCGGGAAUCUCCUUCACUCCACAGUUAUCAGGCAUGUGUAUAAUUGUGCUGGAGUGAUUUAGUAACCCCCCACCCCCUCAACAUUUGAUGUCAUUGAUGUUCUGUUACUUCACUGAUGGUUGCUGCUUACCGAUGGUUACCAGUCUUUGGCUACUUAUGAGUGAGUAGCACUGAUGUGCCUGUUCAAAGAUAACUUUUCUUCCCCCAUUCCUCACUGUUUAGAUUUUUAAACUAUGGAAUGUUCUAAGCUAUAAACACUGAUCAGGUGCUUUAAUGUCUACCGUACCUUGUCCAGGGAACGAGUGUCAGGUGUGGGGUCUCUGUCUCAAGGUCUGUUGCUAAUACCGCAAGCUUCAUUCCCAAAAGAGACUUCAACAUGAGAACCCAGUGUCUUUAUGAAUCUGUUGUGCUGCCUUGAGCAAUCCUUCAAAACACGUUCUUGUAAAAAAAAAAAAAAAAAAAGGCAUCUGUUGAGGAAAUCUAAGAUGUCCCUGUUGCUCCAGCUGAUGCCACUGUAGGGCAGGGAAGUGAAGGGAUUUAUUUUAAUGUGUGGAUAGAUGAAAUUUGGAAGACUGCCCAUUGGAUAUUUAAAAAAAAAAGACAACUUGCAGAUUGUUUAAUAAAUGAUAUACCCGAACAAAGACUGGCACAUUGGUCUCUCGGAGAUAUUUCUAUUCAUGAGACCCAACUUGACUGCCCCAGUGAUGGUGAAUAAGCCAAAGGGAGGGAUGCCGGGGGGGACGACAAAGUUUUAUGUAAUCUGCAAUACUUUGCAGGAUUUACUUUUUUGUUUUUUGUUUUUUUUUUCAUUUUACAAAGUGUGGGACAUUUUUGUUUAUUGUGUGCAUUUUGUUGUAAUAAAAAAAAUAGCCACAAAAUAAACCUGUAAAGAUCCUGGUACAGAAUGUAGCUAAAAUAUUUUUAUUACAAAAGGAAAAAAUUAAAUAAAUUCUUUAAAGCAUCAUGU